AUGAGGCGGCAGAGGCUUGAGCCUUAUUUAAGACGAACAGGAUUUUACCAUGCCUAUUUGAUAAAGCACUAUGAGUAUGACAAUCCACUUAUAAGCGCUUUUGUAGAACGAUGGUGUCCCGAGACGCAUACAUUUCACCUCCCUUGGGGUGAGCGCACCAUAACCCUGGAGGAUGUUGUAAUGCAAUUAGGUCUACCUGUUGGUGGUGAGCCUGUUAGUGGCACUUUGAGGUCAUGGAGCAUGUUCCACCCAAGAGAUAUUUGGGAAUGGUGCUACGAACUUCUAGGGGAGGAUCCCGCCGGCCACGUAGGGACAACGAAAUUCAACAUCAAGUUGAAGUGGCUCAGGAGUCAUCUUCAGCAGAUACUGCUAGACCUAGAAGCCAAUGCCCUCAUGGGGUAUGCACAUUGUUACAUACUUUACUUGUUGGGAGGUGUGCUACUACCUGACAAGGCCAACAACACGGUCUAUAUUCGAUAUCUUCCGUUACUUGCUGAUUUUGAUGCCAUCAACACAUACAGUUGGGGUAGCGUCGUGCUAUGUUGGUUAUAUCGAGCUAUGUGCCUAGCAAAUGGUCGCAUCGGCAUGCACCAUGGGAAGAUAUGA